CUAAAACAUCGUCACAUGCCUCAUUCUCUCAUCGCCCUGCUUUCUCACAUCAUCCCGCAACCGCAAUCGCACCAAAUUUCCUGACCAUCAUGACAUCUCACAUGCGCGACAUCGACGAUGAAGACCUGACGUUCCGCGCGUGCUGCGCGCCAUUCGCGACCCUGACUGAGCCCAUCGAUUUGACAGCAGUCGAUGCGAAUAGUGCCUCCGGCUGGUGGACCUUCUUCCAAUGGCCGUUCUUUGGUCCACUGCUCGUUGAGAACGAGAGCAGCGAUGCGCGCGACCACUGCGCCAACGAGAGAACCUUCCUCUCGUACCUCCGCCUCUCCAUCUACAUGGCCGUCGUUUCUAUUGCCAUCACUGUCUCGUUCCACUUGAAAAACGAGCCCUCUCCGCUCGAGCUGCGCAUGGCAAAACCGCUCGGCACCAUCUUCUGGGCGCUGUCGGUCAUGACGCUCUUUGCCGGCGUGGGCAAUUACAUCACAACGGUGAACCAGUACAGCAAGAGAGCAGCCAUCGUGCAGAUCGGAUGGAAGACGCACGCGAUUUUAACAAUCACGGCAAUGUGUAUCAUAGGAACAUGUAUCGUACUUCUAGUCAUCGCCAAGGUUCGCGACGCCAGCUCAUCAUGAGAUACGUAACCUGCAAUUCAAUUCAUUCAAAAUCG